ACUACACAGUCGCUACACCCCCACACACCUUCACCAUGGGAAACGAAGACGGGGAUAUCGAGGCCGAGCUCCUGGCAGCCGGCAGGGAACUCGACAAGGAUGGCGAAAUCGACCGGAUCCUCUCCGUCUUCAAGCUCAACGCAUAUGCCGUGCUGGACCUGCAGCCCGGCGUGCCCGAAUCCGACAUCAAAAAAACCUACCGCAACAAGUCCCUCCUCAUACAUCCCGACAAAACCACGAACCCCAAGGCGCCCGAGGCCUUCGACCGCCUCAAGAAAGCGCAGACCACGCUCAUGGACGAGAAGCUGCGCGCCGAGCUGGAAGAACACAUUUCCGACGCGCGCAUGCUGCUGAUGCGCGAGCGCAAGCUCACCGCCGACGACGAAGAGACGCGCGGCGACGAGUUUGCGAGGGCGUGGCGCGAGAAAACGACGUGGGUCAUCAUGGACAAUGAAAAGCGGAAGCGGCGGCAGAUGGAGGCGCAGAUGCGGGAGGAGGGUCGCGCACAGCGCAAGGAGGAGGAGGAAAUUGCGGAGCGGAAGCGCAAGCGGGAACAUGAAGAUGCCUGGGAAAAGACGCGAGACACCCGCAUCAACAGCUGGAGGGAUUACCAGAAGGGCAAGGGUCCUGAGGAUGGUAAGAAGAAAAAGAAGAAGAUGAAGGUGGUGGGUUAGGAGGUUGCUGCUCAGCGAAGGAGUACGGUUCUUCAGGCACGGCGUUCACGGGCUUAGGUUUCUGCUUCGCGAGGGGUGAAGCUGCUGGAUAGUGUGGCGUCAAAUGCGGUUGUGUUAGGGCGCUCUGGUGUAGGUGCCACUUGCAUGCA